UUUUAAUAAGGGGGAAAGAAAGGGAUCGGAGAGCGAGCGGGAGAGAGAGUCAGUCGGAGCGGAGCCCGAGGAGCUGGUGCCGAGAGUCGAUGGCGAGGUUCCCCUGCGCUCGGACGGUUCAGUGAGGCGAGAGCACAGUGAACAGCACCAUGGAGGCAGACAGCAAGAGGGAGAAGAGCUCUGUCUUUGAAGAAAGCUUAAUGCGCAGAAUCUCUGGUAGCAGCAGUGUACACACUCUCAGCAAAGCUGCUUUCAUUGAGAAGGUCCGAGAGAGCAACGCGGCGUGUCAGAGUGGAGACUUCACCACUGGCGUCCAGCUCUACACUGAAGCCAUUGCAGCUGAUCCUCAGAACUGCAUUCUGUACAGCAACCGAUCAGCCGUUCUGGUGAAACUGAAUGAGUACGAGAAAGCUCUGGAUGAUGCUGUCAAAGCACGACUUUUAAACCCAAAAUGGUCAAAGGCAUACUUCCGACAGGGUGUUGCUCUCCAGUAUCUCGGCCGCCAUGCAGAUGCGCUGGCUGCAUUUGCAUCAGGGCUCGCUCAAGAUCCAAAAAGCUUGCAGCUGCUGGUCGGGAUGGUGGAAGCCGCCAUGAAGUCUCCACUACGCGAAUCCCUGGAACCAACCUAUCAGAAGCUACAGAAAAUGAAGCUGGACAAAAGCCCAUUUGUGGUCGUAUCUGUCAUUGGCCAGGAGCUUCUGACAGCAGGACACCACGGUGCCUCUGUAGUAGUUCUGGAGGCUGCCUUGAAAAUUGGAACAUGCAGCUUGAAACUUCGUGGGUCAGUGUUCUCUGCCCUAAGCAGUGCUUACUGGGCAUUAGGGAAUACAGAGAAGAGUAUUGGCUACAUGCAGCAGGACUUCGAUGUAGCCAAGACUUUAGGUGACCAUACGGGCGAGUGCCGGGCCCAUGGUAAUCUGGGAUCGGCAUUCUUCUCCAGUGGCAACUACCGAGAGGCCCUGAACAACCACCGUCUCCAGCUAGUGCUGGCUAUGAAGCUAAAGGAUCGCGAGGCCGCAUCUUCAGCAUUGAGCAGCCUGGGUCAUGUCUACACGGCCAUCGGAGACUAUCCAAAUGCACUGGCCAGUCACAAACAGUGUGUUCUUCUAGCUAAACAAUCCAAAGACGAACUCUCAGAAGCCAGAGAACUAGGCAAUAUGGGAGCUGUUUACAUAGCAAUGGGCGACUUUGAAAAUGCAGUGCAGUGCCAUGAACAGCAUCUCAGAAUUGCGAAGGAAUUGGGCAACAAGCGAGAGGAAGCACGGGCCUAUAGUAACCUCGGCAGUGCCUAUCACUACAGGAGGAACUUCGACAAAGCAAUGUCCUACCACAAUCACGUGCUGGAGCUGGCGCAGGAACUGGGCGAGAAGGCCAUUGAGAUGAGAGCGUAUGCAGGGUUGGGUCAUGCAGCUCGCUGCAUGCAGGAUUUGGAGAGAGCGAAGCAGUAUCACGAGCAACAGCUGAGCAUUGCAGAGAACCAGAAGGAUCGUGCGGCAGAGGGACGGGCUUCCUCUAAUCUCGGUAUAAUUCACCAGAUGAAAGGAGAUUAUGAAACUGCACUGAAACUCCACAAGACUCACCUCUCUAUUGCUCAGGAGCUCAAUGACUAUGCCGCACAGGGAAGAGCUUAUGGAAAUAUGGGAAAUGCCUACAACGCACUGGGUUUGUAUGACCAAGCAGUGAAGUACCACCGUCAAGAGUUACAGAUCUCCAUGGAAGUAAAUGAUCGGGCAUCACAAGCAUCAACCCAUGGUAAUCUUGCUGUCGCCUACCAGGCCCUGGGUGCCCAUGACAGGGCCUUGCAACACUACCAAAACCAUCUAAAUAUAGCACGAGAGUUACGGGAUAUACAAAGUGAGGCACGUGCGCUUAGCAACCUGGGUAACUUCCACUGCUCAAGAGGAGAGUUUGUUCAAGCUGUUCCAUAUUAUGAACAGUAUUUACGCUUGUCUCCUGACCUACAAGAUAUGGAAGGUGAGGGAAAAGUAUGUCAUAACCUUGGCUAUGCACAUUAUUGUCUCGGAAGCUACCAAGAGGCUGUAAAAUACUAUGAACAAGAUUUAGCUCUAGCCAAGGAUUUGCAUGAUAAACUUAGUCAGGCAAAGGCUUACUGCAACUUGGGGCUAGCAUUUAAGGCCCUAACUAACUAUACUAAAGCAGAAGAAUGUCAGAAAUAUGUUCUAUCACUAGCCCAGUCCCUAAACAAUGCUCAAGCCAAAUUUCGAGCAUUGGGCAAUCUGGGUGAUAUUUUAGUGUGCAAGAAAGAUGUGAAUGGUGCAGUUAAGUUCUAUGAACAGCAGCUGACUUUGGCUCAUCAGGUUAAAGAUCGGAAACUUGAAGCCUCAGCUUAUGCAGCUCUGGGUACUGCCUAUAGACUAAUACAGAAAUACGACAAAGCACUGGGAUAUCACACACAAGAGCUUGAGGUUUAUCAAGAACUGGGUGAUUUGCUGGGAGAAUGCAAAGCACAUGGCCACCUUGCAGCAGUCUACAUGGCCCUUGGCAAAUACACCAUGGCCUUCAAAUGUUAUGAAGAACAGUUGGAUUUGGGGCAGAAGCUAAAAAACCCCAAUAUUGAGGCACAAGUUUAUGGCAACAUGGGAAUCACUAAAAUGAACAUGAAUGUAAUGGAAGAUGCGAUAGGCUACUUUGAACAGCAGCUGGCGACACUGCAGCAGUUGAGCGGCAAUGAUGCUGUCCUGGAUAGAGGGCAUGCUUAUGGAAACCUGGGAGAUUGCUAUGAGGCAUUAGGAGAUUAUGAAGAAGCUGUAAAGUAUCAUGAACAGUUCUUAUCAGUGGCUCAGAGUUUAAAUCGGAUGCAGGAACAAGCCAAAGCCUAUCGGGGACUUGGAAAUGGACAUCGGGCUAUGGGGAACCUGCAGCAAGCUCUUGUGUGCUUUGAAAAGAGACUGGUGGUAGCCCAUGAACUUGGAGAAUCAUCCAACAAAGCCCAGGCAUAUGGAGAGCUUGGAAGCUUACAUAGCCAGCUAGGAAACUAUGAACAGGCAAUUUCUUGCCUUGAGCGACAACUAAACAUCGCCCGUGAAAUGAAAAAUCGAAUUUUGGAAAGCGAUGCAGCCUGUGGCCUUGGUGGAGUUUACCAACAGAUGGCAGAGUAUGAAACUUCACUGCAGUACCAUCAGCUUGACUUAGAGAUUGCGGAGGAAACUAAUAACCCUACAUGUCAGGGUCGUGCCUAUGGUAACCUGGGAUUGACCUACGAAUCUUUGGGAAAUUAUGAAAGAGCUGUAAUGUACCAGGAGCAGCAUCUGAGUAUAGCUGCUCAAAUGAAUGACUUGGUGGCUAAAACUAUUGCGUAUAGCAGCUUAGGGAGAACACACCAUGCCCUACAGAACUACUCACAGGCAGUCAUGUAUUUACAGGAAGGUUUGAGACUGGCAGAACAGCUUGGUCGCAGAGAAGAUGAGGCUAAAAUCAGACAUCGUUUGGGACUUUCACUGUGGGUCAGUAGGAACCUUGAAGAGGCACAGCACCAGCUUUAUAGAGCAUCUGCUUUAUUUGAAAAUAUUCGCCAUGAAGCACACAGCACUGAUUAUACUUCACUGUUUGACCUUCAAACAUCCUCCUAUCAAGCUUUACAGCGAGUUUUGGUCAGCCUAGGUCGUCAUGAUGAGGCAUUGGCAGUGGCAGAGAGGGGAAGAACAACAUUUGCUGACCUUUUGGUAGAAAGGCAAACUGGACAGCAAGUGCCUGACUCAUUGACUCCAGUCACCAUUGACCAAAUUCUGGAGGCCAUCAAUAAUCAACGCAGUCUGGUACUGUACUACUCCCUAGCAGCUGGAUACCUCUACAGCUGGUUACUGGCACCGGGAGCAGGGAUAUUAAAAUUUCAUGAAUGCUAUUUGGGUGAUGGUCUGGCAGAAAACAACAAUGAUUUUAAUGAAACCAGUAGCAUCAACCUGCAGACAUCCAGCUUCUCUACUCUCGAGCAGUACGUGACCAAUGUUCGAGAAGCACUUGGCAUUGAUUCCUACUAUACCAGGAUGUGUUCAAACAGUGAAACGGAGAGUGAGGCUGGAGACCUUCUUGAUCAGCAGUUUGAAGAGAUGAACAAUAAACUGACUUCCAUCACUGAUCCAACAGGGUUCCUUAGAAUGGUCAGCAGGAACAACCUCUUCAAUAGAAGCUGCCAAAGUAUGAGCAGCCUGUUCAGCAGCAACACAUCAAGUCUUCAAGAUUCCACCUCGUCCCUUCCCCGAAAACAGAGCUCUGCCAAUAAACAACCUCUUCGUGCCCUCUACGACCUUCUCAUCUCACCUAUGGAAGGGGGAUUAAUGCACUCCAGUGGACCUGUUGGCCGACAUCGUCAACUCGUGUUAGUCCUGGAAGGGGAACUCUAUCUCAUUCCCUUCGCUCUACUGAAAGGAAGCUCCUCUAAUGAGUACCUCUAUGAACGUUUCAGUAUCAUUGCUGUUCCCUCAAUCCGGGCCCUUCAAGCAAGCCCCAGGUCGCAUCUUCGGAAGAACACCUCUAUGUGCAGCUCCUCUACCUCAAUGGCAGCUGUGAUAGGUAAUCCCAAACUCCCGUCAGCGGUUAUGGACCGGUGGCUCUGGGGACCAAUGCCUACGGCUGAAGAAGAGGCCUACAUGGUUUCAGAGCUGCUUGGCUGCCAGCCCCUGGUUAACAGUGCUGCGACCAAGGAGAGAGUGAUGAGCAUGCUCAGUCAGGCAGAGUGCAUCCACUUUGCAACCCACAUCUCCUGGAAACUUGCUGCCUUGGUCCUUACACCAAAUAAUGAAGGAAGCUCCAUUAGUGGGAAGAGUUCUUUGGGAAACAGUUACACCAUUCCAGAAUCGCUGAGGAUGCCAGAUGAUGCAAGUGACGUGGAGAGCAUAACUGACAGUCCUCCCCUGCAAGAGUUCUUAUUGACAGCUGCUGACAUAUUGGAUUUGCAUCUCCCCGUUAAGCUUGUAGUUCUUGGUUCCUACCAGGAAUCUAACAAUAAAGUAACAGCAGAUGGUAUUAUUGGCCUGACACGAGCUUUUCUAGCUGCAGGAGCACAGUGUGUUUUGGUCUCCCUUUGGCCCGUGCCUGUGGCUGCAUCCAAGAUGUUUGUGCACACCUUCUACUCCUCUCUGCUCAAUGGAAUGAAAUCUAGCGCGGCACUUGGAGAAGCCAUGAAGAUUGUCCAGAGCAGCAAGCAAUUUGCGCAUCCUUCAAACUGGGCAGGAUUCACGUUGAUUGGAAAUGACGUUAAAUUGAACAGUCCCUCAUCUCUUAUUGGUCAGGCUCUGUCUGAAAUCCUUCAGCAUCCUGAUCGUGCCCGAGACGCUUUGCGUGUUCUGCUGCACUUGGUGGAGAAGUCACUCCAGCGGAUACAGAAUGGUCAACGGAAUUCCAUGUACACUUCCCAGCACAGUGUGGAGAACAAAGUGGGCGGUGUGCCAGGUUGGCAGUCGCUUCUCACUGCAGUAGGAUUCCGGCUUGAUCCUCCAGCCAGCGGGCUUCCUGCAGCUGUCUUCUUUCCAGUCUCUGAUCCUGGAGAUCGGCUUCAACAGUGCAGCACCACACUCCAGUCCCUCCUAGGGUUGCCCCAUGCUGCACUCCAGGCUCUCUGCAAACUUAUCUCAGCUUCAGAGACAGGAGAACAGCUUAUUAAUCGGGCUGUAAAAAAUAUGGUUGGAAUGCUCCAUCAAGUCCUCGUUCAACUUCAGACUGGGGAGAAAGAACAAGAUUUUUCUUCAGCACCUAUUCAACUGUCCAUAAGUGUACAGCUCUGGCGACUGCCUGGAUGUCAUGAGUUCCUGGCUGCAUUAGGCUUUGAUCUGUGUGAGGUGGGCCAAGAGGAAGUGGUGCUGAAAACUGGGAAGCAGGCAAACAGAAAGACCAUGCACUUUGCUCUCCAGUCUCUGCUUGCUUUGUUUGAUUCCACAGAACUGCCUAAAAGACUCAGUCUUGACAGCUCUUCAUCGUUGGAAUCUCUCUCCUCUUCUCAAUCGGUUUCCAAUCCAACAGGACAGAUGAAUCCACCGUUUUCUCCCACAUACGGAGAUUCAAUGGCAUCAGAUGCCAUCUCUGUGUAUAGCCUCAGUUCCAUUGCCUCCUCCAUGAGCUUUGCUUCCAAAACAGACAUCACAGGUGAAGGAAUGUUUCAAAGGGCACGACAGGACUAUGAGAGGCCUAAGAAUGUUUACCCACACAAGGCCACAAUGUUAGCAAGUAGAUCUUCUCCACAGACAAGCAACACAAGCAGAGAUGAGGAAGAGUAUGAUGGAUUCUCUAUCAUUAGCAGUGAGCCAUUGAGUGUUUACACUGAUACUCUCAAGGUGUCUGCCUCACCAGACAAAGAGAGGACUACAGAACACAGCCAUAAUCUUGGAGAUAGGCACGCACUCAAAGGUAAUGCAAGUGCUUCCAGCUCUCCAGCUAAAAUGACCCUCAUUCCAAGUCCAAACUCACCAUUUCAGAAAGUGGAAUCCAGAAAUAAACUUCCAAGUUCAGAUACUGGAGAAUCUGAUCAAUCCAGCACUGAGACAGAUAGCACAGUGAAGUCCCAAGAGGAGAAGGUGACCAAACUUAAUCCUCAGGAGCUGGCGCAGAAAAUCUUGGAGGAAACUCAAAGCCACUUGCUUGCUGUUGAGCGACUUUAUCAAAGUAGUGGGCCAGCCAACCCGCUGGGCUCUGCUGAUGUUGACGGUGGUGUAACCGGGCAUCAUGGCACUUCUGUCUUUAAAUCUUCAGAUACAAGUGCAUUCAGCAAACCACUGAAUAGCGUUGGGCAAAAAAAGCAGUCUUCUCCAGUUACCACAAAACCAAAGCCUCCAACACGGAGCUCAUCACUGCAGAAAGUGAACUCAGGAAACAACACGCCUACCAGUGAUAUCACUGAGGUAGGUCUGUCAGCAGGAGACUGCUACUCUAAAGGGAGUGACAGUAGACAAACCACGGCGCCAUCUUCGCCUGUUGUGGAUUUACGUCAGUCACCCAGUUCCUCGACUGAUCAAUCUCCGAUCAAGAUCAAAUAUCCCAGCUCCCCAUACAGUGCCCACAUUUCCAGAUCACCAAGUUCAGGCCAGCAGUCUCCAGCUGGGAGUAACCCUUCUCCUGCCCUCUCUUACUCAUCAGCAGGCUCAGCACGCUCAAGCCCGGCUGACAUCCCAGACCUGAGCAGAUUGAAAAUGACCGCCAUCGACGAAAAGGUUAAGGCUGUCCAUAACCUCAAAACUUUCUGGACUAGUGCUACCCAGUCUUCAUCCAGGCCUGUUAGAGCUCUGCGCUCCAAUCCUGCUCUCGCGGGUUCCAAAGCUGAUGCUCUAAGUUAUUUGAAUCUCUCACCAGCCAGGCGCGCCAAGAAGGAAGGGAAGGAGGAUAAGUUUGAACUUAAGGAAUUUUCCAAGAUUCCCUACACAGAUAACAAAACCCAGAACGGCAGUGGCGGUUGCCAAGAGACCAGUAAACCUGCAGAAACAAUACAACCAGCAAACAACGUUCAGAGGGAAGUGCGUCCGUUGAGACUUCCAUCCGGGAAUGGUUAUAAAUUCUUGUCUCCUCGAAAGUUUCUUCCCACCUCAAAGUGCUGAAACAACCUGAACCAGCCAUCCAAUUUUUUUGAUUGCCAUGUGACCUUGUGAGACGAGCAUGUACAAGCCAAUUGUGUCGCACAGGCACCGUUUGUAAACUGAACUUUUGUGUUGCGUGAACAGUACUAAAUUUUUUAUACUGUUAAAGAAAGAAAAAGCAAAAAAAAAACUACUGUGUACAAAUGUCAUAUUUUUAUUGAAUCCAGAAUGGCAUUUUGCCUUGUUUCUUAGUCAUUUAAUGGUUGAUAUUGGUUUAUAAAUGUCAAAAAUCACAUUGGAAUGUCAUCCACAGUCAUAGUAUUUGUUGGAAAUACAAAAUAAACUAGGCUUGGCAGUUUUAGGUUGCACACAUUUUUUAUUGAUAGUGAUCUCUUUUUAAAAUUGGUGCAUAUUAUGCAAUAUUUUUGGUGCAUUUGAAAGGUGCUGAUGAUUUUUGCUAUCUUGCACCAGGAAGGCUAGACAGUUAUAAAUCCCAUCCAGAUUACAGAAUUUCCUCUGAAGGCUUCAAAACACAGUUGCUCGACCACUCUGUAUCUCGGCUAGCAGGGGGCACAAGUGAGCCUUUAAGUCAUUGCCAAAGGAUCAACCCAAAUUGGAUUGCCUCACUCUGCACUUGAUUACUUACAAAAGUAUUCUUCACGUAUUAGUAAUAACAGCCUCCCUCUAGUCUCCACCUUUAAGUUAACCACCCCUCAAUAAUUCAUCCAUUCAAGUAGAUUUCAUUGUGUUAAUAUGAAUGCAUUAUACAAGCCGCCUUUACUGCAGAUUGUUGGCUUGGGAGAGGGUUGCUUGAGGCUGUUUUGUUGUUUCUAGUGAGUUAUUGAGACUUGGACUACCUAAGUAUGGCUAUUAUUUAAGAUUGACAUUCCAAGCUGACUGUCAGUUGUCCACACUGGGCUAAGAUAUAAACUGGAGGGGGGCCAUCCAGUCUUCUAACAGAAUAGCCUGUACUUAAAAUCAUGAAUGGAUUUUUAUGUGACCUGAAAUGAUGGCAUUAUUGAAGAAGGAUUUCCAUGAAUUAUUUUUAAGAUUCAAACAACCCUCAGAAUCCCACUGAUGAUCUGGCCCAUUUGCCCUGAGGUAUUUCAUACUUUGUCCUUCCACCGACAUGGAUUUAAAGCAAAUUAGCAAAUUUAGAAACUCUAUUCUGAUUUGCAGAUUGCCUCAGAAGAUUACUACUGACCAUAUGGAGAAAUUGCCAUCAGAUUGAUGAGAAAUUUUAGAGAUCAUGUGUGAGAUUGCAUUUAAUCAGAUCAGGGAGGGAAGAAAGAAUAAGGUUACCUAAAACUUUCAAGCCUAAAAGUAUUAGUGUGUCUGUUAAAUAUGCUCUUUAUGGUUGUUGCAUAGAAUUCUAGGGAAAGAAUGUGUCAUUAUAUGAAUUCUGAAGUAAGUAAUGAAAAAAAACUGAUGGGUGUGGCAACCAGAGAGUUACUGCUGUGCUUAUUCCAUGUUGUGGCAGUUUACUGUUUUAUUGUGUGUUCAGUAGUAUUACCAGAGCCUUUCCAUGCAGCUGUAUCUUGUGUACUGUACACCAGAGGGCGGCAAUGCAGUAUUUUUGUCAGCUUAUUUCAUCAUUCCAACACCAAUCCACUACACUUGAUGCUUCUUCAGUGAGUUGUCGUUUCGGUGGUUUGCAACGUUAGUGAUAUUUUCUUUGUUCCCCUCUUUUUAAAAUUUCUUUUGUAAAAUUUCUAGUUGACACGCUUGUUAUUUAUAUUCUAUGUAAGCUCAGUGAGCGUCACCAGUGUCCUUCUGACCCUGACCCUGAGUUUCAAACUCCGCACGGUAUCGGUCACUUAUAAUGCAAAGUUACAUCUCCAUGACAAUGUUUGGCUCUAUCAUGAACUCGCUUUUAUCCCUGAAACUCGCGUCCAUAUCUCCAGAGUUAGUUUCUCCAAAAUGUCCAUCAGCCUCCUGAUUUCUACCCAACUUAGUCAUCUAAAAUUCUAGCACCUAAAUCUUGUUUGGUAUAAAAUCUCAGAUGUCCAUUACCACCAGCCCCACCUCCAAUUCUUUGUGGCAUCCACUGCCCACACAGUGCCCAGUUUCAAAAUCCCAGGAUGGUCCUCCCCAUCUCUGCAGUCCUAGGCCUCAGGUAUCACACUUCUUCUGAGAGUGUGUCCCUUUUUUCCUCACCAUUGGUGGCAGAGCCCUACAGUUACAUGCCCAUUCUUCACAUUAAACCAUUUUCCUUUGCCGCAUCUUCAAGUGACUCCUGAAAAUCUACCUCUUUAAUCAUGCAUUCGAUCACCUUCCAAAACUAACUUGCAUCUCCGCCCUACCUGUUUCUCUUCCUGCCACUAACACCCAACUCCAUGCCCUGCCUUUUCUGAAGUGCCUUGGGACAUUUUAUUACAUUAUAGGUGCUAUCUUAAGCGUUAACUGCCUUUGUUACUGGAUUUUUAAAUAAUGAGAAAUAUCCUUAAUGGAUAAAAUUCCAUUCAGAAGUGUUUUUGUACUAUUGUAUUGUAUUGCAUUGAUAGCAGUUCCCAGUAUAAAUCAUUCAAACUCCCUUUUCCAGAGGCAGAUCAUGGGGUUUCGUAUUGUUGUUGAAACUGCCUCUUCUAUGGGUCAAAUUGAUUCAUAGGAGAUCAGCAAUAGAAGAUCCUUUGGGCACUAUUCUUCCAGGACUCUUGGUGCAAUGAAGCAGAAUGUAAAUGAUUCUUUUGUCUUUUCUGUUCAAUGACUGGAUUCAGUGAGAACGUUAUACAUGCCAAUCCAUUUCCUCUCUCUCUACCCAUAGACAUAGUUGUAAGACCUGUAUUCAUCUCCCAUUCUGAGUCUAUGUGCUUUUCCAAGGUUCAUUACUUGGGUAAAAUACCUACUGUGGGCAGGAAAACAGCUUUCAGUGUCAGAAUUGUAAACUGUUAUUGGUUUUCAGUGUGGAAGGAAAAUUUGUUUCUCCUAUGUGACUUAUCUUGAAAUGUUAAUAAGCAACCAUAUUAACAUUUCAAGACAGGUCACCUAACGAGAAACAAAUAAUUUUACUGGCUGCCACUCCAAUUUUCAUUAAGUUGGAAGCAUGAAUGCUGGAACGUGGUGAGAUGCUACACGUUGUUCAGCUCCAUUCAAAUGCCCUGUAAACAGUUCCCACUUCAUACGCACAUUUCUUGCCUUGGAAUGUUAUGUAUUCAAGGUGAUUGCAGAACUUAACCACAUGUGUUUGCUCUGAGGAUUUGCUGGAGUUUUCAUCCAGACAGGGCCCUGCCAUUUUGACAGAUGGAUGUAAAAGAUGCUUGGAAAAUCCUCCUGAUGUUCCGGCUAACAUUUAACCCAUGCUUGUUUGUAAGACCAUGCUGCGCACAAACUGGGUGCCUUAUUUACUUUCCUAACAACAAGGACAUCAAAAGUAAUUCAUCAGCAUGUUGGCAGAUGCUGCUCUCAUCCACGGUCCUCCUCCACCUUAUUCUUUUGUGUGUUUAAAUAAAUAGAGGACUGUACUUUAUGACAAAUUGUUUUAGUGGAGGCAUGAAUUGCUUUAUGUUUACUGUUUUUGCUAGCUCUUCCAUAUUUCUCAUCAAGCCCCAUGUUCUGUUAGACGAUGUACAUGACUCUCUUUGAGUUUUAUUUCUGAAAUGAAUAUUCUUGUUUGCCCAUAAUAGCAAUUACAGAAUAUCAAGUGGGGUUAACUCUGUUUUUCAGUCCUUGGAUCAGUUGAUGUAAGAACUGUUGCUUUUCCAAAUGAUGGCCUGAAGCCAUAAUUCAGUUAUAUUUACAGAGCCUGGCUCCACAUAUAGUUGGAUCAACCAGAUUCAGAGCCCCUGUACUCAGAUUAGAAAUGGUCAAAUUCAGAGUUGCGUGCAUUCAGGGAACUUGCCACUACAGUAAAGUAUGUGCAACUAAUGCACUUGCAUAACCUAGUGAUGAAAUCAUACCAGGAAUCAGGGUACUUAGACGUACAGGGAGACCUGGAAGCUCUGUACUCAGCACCACGUGGAGACCUGGAGCCCAUGUGCUCAACCCAACCCAAUGACCAGUGGCUGCACACUCAUCCUGGGACACAGGCCUGAAAAUGAUGUGCUCGGCUGUGAGAGCAGACCUGGACCUCAUCUGCUUAUCCUUGCACACAGACCUGAAAGCCAUGUCCUUGGGAACCCUGGCACUUAGUUGAACCCGAACCUGUGCACAGCUGUAAAAUCAUAAGGACGGGAUGUUUGUCUUACUGAUGAAGUAAGAUACUGAAUCGUAUAAUAGAUAUGGUGGUUUAAUCCAGGCUUCCUUUGCUCUGCUGUGACGUUCCAGGGAAAUUUUUAGUGAGGGUGUAUUGAUAUUCUCAGUGUAUCAAUGUUUCCUGAACUUGAAUCCAACAUUCGCCAUCUGAUUCCCCUAUUUACGUAUCUGGAUGAACCAAUCCUAAAUGUUAAUGUUGAGCUAAAUCCCAUAUCUUAAAGACAAACCCUAAGAAAACUUUUUUUUAAUAGGAUGUUCACUUACUGAAUACAAGUGUUUAAAUUGUGGAUAUAUUUUUCCCAUGCGUGCAAACAAAAGUUUGGAAAACUGACAUUAAGCCAGCGACAGUUUAUACAAUUUUUUUUAACUAGGGAAAAUGUAUUGUAUUGUACGUUUAUGUAAAUUACAGAGUAAAGACAGCUCAUGGAGCUUGCACCUUUUGCAGAUAACAGCUUGAGUUAAUUCAGACGAUCUCUUCCUAUCCAUGAUUUUGGUUCUGCUGCGGAAUAGCAGGGGACACGUUUUGAAACCUCUUGUGAAUAAUGUGUUUGGGUGAUGAUACAUGAUUCCAGCCUGCUAAAUGAUUCCUGCCCUGAGCAUACUUUGAAAGCAGUUCCACCCUUUCAUUUCUGAUCAGGGAUCAUUUUUCAGUCAUAACUCUGUGCUUGAGUCACUUAUAUUAUAGAGUUGCAAUGAUGAUUGAAGACAGCAUUCUUCAGCAAUUUUUUUUGGGGCUUUUUAUGAAUGUUGUUGGAAGCUUAGAUUAUAAGAGAACUUCAUGUGCAUAGAAUGAUGUGCUUCCUCGUACUUAGUCCAAACCUGUGGUUCUUUACAAUUGGCAAACGCACCAAUCGUUCUGUAUAUUUCUAUAAGGGUUUUAGAUGGAACUUGGAGCUUUAUUUCACUGUACUCUGGACAACCUAGAAGUAUUUCUCUGAGUCCUCAUGAAAUGCCAGCACUUGAGAGGUGCUGUCACAUUGCCCAGGAUGCAUUAUGAUUUGUUACAACCCAAAUUUACACCUAACAAUAACAAUACUUUCAGAAAUAUGAGCUCAAACUGGUCUCAAAGCUGUUUUGGAAUUUGAAUAAACCCAGCUAAAAUUAGUCACACUUGCAUUAUUCCAGUUCCUCAAGAAUCUUCCUCAAGCCCACUCCAGGAACGUCAGUGUGUGCUUAGACUUGCUUUUUCUAGCAUUGAAAAACAAGGUCAUUCGGGCAAUAACUUAACCACCAAUCAGAAUAAAAGCUGGAGAUGCUCAAGUCAGGCAGCAUCUGUGGAGAAAGAAAUGGGAUUAACUUUCUAGGUUGUUAACCUUUCGUCAGAACUUAAUGUUGAAUUUUGAUGUUAGAACUGUGAGGUGCUGACAGAAGGUUGUAACCCCAAAAGGUUAAUAGAGAUACAAGAGACUGCAGAAGCUGGAAUCUGAAGCAACAAACAAUCUGCUGGAGGAACUCAGUGAGUCCAGCAACAUCUGUGGGAGGAAAGGAAUUGUCAAUGUUUUGGUUUCGACCCGAAAUGUCGACAAUUUCUUUCCUCUCACAGAUGCUGCUCGACCCGUGGAGUUCCUCCAGCAGAUUGUUUGUUACCCCAGUAGGUUGCCCCUGUUUCACUUUCCACACAUGCCAUCUGACUUGCUGAAUAUCUAAAGCAAUUUCUGUCCUUAUUUCAGAUUUGCACUGAAUGCAGUUUUUUGUUUUGAGUAUAACUCUGGAACGAGGCUCGAAUUUGGUAUUAAACAAGACAAAGCUGGAGAUCGUCUCCUAACCAAUCGCAACAGCUUCAAUCUAACUCUAAUGCAACGUGAAGCUACAAAAUUCUGUGUACAAACCCUUCCGUGUUGGAACCAAGAGGCACUCACACCAGUCAUUCCAGGCUUAAAAAAAUCAUUUGCUCAUGUAUGGAGCGGUGUUCUGAAGCAUUCACAGAGAGCUCCAUUGAGAGUACCUUUGUAAUAGUCACAUAGAGGUCAGACUGCAGCAUAACCCUGUUGAUCAAUCUCAAAUCAGUAAUUGCAGUGUAAUUGCAGCCUUGUUCAGUGUCUAUUCGGGUAACAAUGUGAUGAGCUUUCCUGGAUCCAGGCAAUCCUGUAUAUUUGGGAACUGGAUGGUAGUGUGGGGCGGUGUCAGGAAGAGUGAUGAUUGAAGUCAGAGGGAAGUACAUUUUAAGAGUAAAUAGUGAUUUGAAAUAUUAUCCUUUGCUAAAGUGUGGUGCAGGAUGAAACCUACCUGAUCAGUAGUUUAGCUGCUGGCAUUUGAAGCCUUGAAGGCCUUUGAUACAUUAGUGGUUGUAGAUCAUACUAAGCACCUCCAAUGAGGGAAUGUGCAUUCAUAGAUUCUAUUUUUAAUAUUAAUUAUGGUUGCACUUAGUGGAGAACCCAGUUGCUUCCUUCCUAACAAAAGGCCCUGAUUGAUUUAGUGAUUUUCAUGCUCUGGAAAGCAGGCGAUCCAAGCUUCAGUCACACCUCUUCCAGCUUAAAUCAACUUAAUUCACAGCUGGAAGUUGCAUGCUCACUAUUUCUCAAGGCACACCCAUGGCCAAUUGCCCCCAUCUCUCUGAGCCUCUGCAGCAGCAAUAUUAAGAAAAUGUUUGUUUUUGAUAAAUCUGGUUUAUUUCCAAUGCCAAAUUAAUGAUAAUUUGUCAUUGCCAAAUUUGAAAUAGAAAUCUUUGACAAAAACAAGCUCUGUAAAUGUUAGCAACUGUAAUAAAAACAAAAUAGAAGAAAUGCACUACAAGUAUGUCAGCAUCUCAGAGAGAAAGCAUGACUUAAUGUUUCAGGUUUAGGGAUUUUGUCAGUGAACCCAGGGCUGUAGGUUGUAUUUCAGGGUUCAGGUUUCUGAGCUGGUGGUGUCAGUGGCUAAUUUUUGACCUAAUAGUUCCUUCUACCAUUAUUGUCACACAUCUGUUCAAUUAUUGCAGCUUCUAAAGCAAUUCGCAACAAUUCCAAGGGUGCAGAACUUAUCUUCUGAUCCAAUUUAAGAUUUACUUUUCCCUAUGCAAACCGGAAAAAGAAAUACCCCAGUAAAUUAAAUAUGCAAAUUAAUUAUGGUUGACACUAAGAUGUUAAGAUUUUUUUUUUGCCUUUUUUUGACUUUAUUAAUCACAUACAAGUAGAAAAGUCAGGCUGUUUCCUACUAAGCAAUGCUGAGUAGAACUUCAGUGAUAACCUUGAAGUUCUAGAUUGUAGAUAAUAAAAAGAACUUGUAAACUUGUAUAUAUCUGAUUUUAUUUGAAUGAGCUGGUUGUCUAAAACCCAUUCUCUUUCUUUUUAUGGUUUAUUUAUAUGUACAUAUCUCAGUAUUUUUUACAGCAGACACAUUUUAAUGGGUACCUUUUGAUUUGCUUCACACCUGACAAACUGCUUAGGACGAAUUUUCGGAAGAACUGACGAAGGUGAUCAAGACACUUUAUGCAAGGCAGACUUAACAGUGCUGACACAGCGCCCAUUCUUGUAAUACAGUAUACAAUAUAAAUUAUAAUAUGCAAUUAAAAUGUUACAGAAAUAGAAUUUGGGAUACAAAGUUAUUACUAAAUAAACGCAUUGAA